ACGGGCGGUGCUGUGGGUGUGGACGUAUAAAUCUAGUGGAUCGCCGCCGUUCACAUCAGUCUGACUGGAGCUUAAAGGUCUUCUACCUGAAGAACAUUCACGAAAGAAACAUGAACAGAAUCAUUUUCGGCUUGUUUGCAGUCGCCCUGUCUUUCGCAGUGGGUCAGGCUCUGCAGUGUUAUGAAUGUAAACUGGGUUUUGGGAGUCUGUGCAUCACAACCAAAAAGACGUGUGAUGUUGGUCAGCAGUGCUACAGUGGUGUAGGGACGGCGGCUGGGCUUGUGGAUAUUAAGAGGAAAGGAUGUCUCGAAGUGGCCAAAUGCAACUUAACCGAAACUCUUAAUUUCCCAGCCAAUUCAUCCACUCAGGUGUACAGAAUGAACAAGACAUGCUGCAGUACUGACUUGUGUAACUCAGCUAUGGGUCACCCGCAUGUGUCUGCUGUCAGCUUCUUCACCAUCAUCUCUGGGCUCAUGGUCAAAUUCCUCAUGUGAGGAACACCAUUUCAGCUCCCUCUUUCUCUCUCUCUUUCUCUCUCUCUCUCUCUCGCUCUCUAACACUCACACACACAGAGAUGCCUCAUAUGUGAAGAGAGUUAAAAUUGUACAUUUAUAUGAUGCUCAUCAAUCAUUUUAAUACACUCAACAUGUUCUUGAAAAAAUAUUCAAUGGAAAUACUAAACUUGUCAAAUUAAUAUUUGGUGUCCCCUGUUAGGGCACUUAAAUUAAGGCAGUUAUGGAAUUAUCUCUUAAAAUUGGUCUGUAAACAUAAAUUCAAGAUCAGUUAGUCAUUUCAACAUACCUUCAAGUUAACACCGAAUUUCUAGGUGGAAACCAGGCAACUAUAUAUAAUAUCAGCAAAGAAGAAUAUUCAGCAUAAAAUGUCUCCUUCACAAAACUGAAACAUGUUCCAUUAAAACUCCUUUUGCAUACACCUUUUGCAUUAGCGGGUCAGUUUUGACCCGGUGAAGUUUUAAGCUUAUAAAAUAUAUAAUCAAAUAUAUAAUCAAAAAACAUAUUGUAGCUCAUUGUUAAAUUCUUAGCUGUUCAUACAUGUAAAAUAUCUAUAUUUUUGGCAUUUUAAAUGAAAAAAUAUAAAUGUUAUGUAUGUCAGGUUUUUUUUUUUUUUUUUUUUUUAUGAAAUGUUUUUAAAAAUUCUUUAACAUUUCAAAAUAUAAAUUAACUACAGCUAAACCAGUGUGAUACAUGUGAAGAUAUAUAUAUUUUUUCAGGGUUUAUAUGAAAUUUCAUUUGAAUAUAGCAUUGCAUUAAAUUUAUAUAAAUAUUUAAAGUGAGAAUUUCUAGUAAUUGUCCUAUUAAUUUCCAUAUUAAUUACUCAUUACUGCUGAAAAACAACUCAGUUAUCAAAGUCUACACAACCAAAUAAAUUUUUUCCCAACAAAACAACAUCAAAACAACUAUAUAACACAACUACACAAUAUCUGUACUUGUAUAUAAUGUUUUUAAACAAAAUGCAGUGCCAUUUUGAGAUAAAAAAGUGUGUGAGAGAGUAUGGGAAAGAGGCUAAAUGUAAGUAAAAUAUUUUUAAGAAAAUCAAAUUCAUAAAUGUGCAAAAAUAUCUGCAUGAUAUCAUGUUUAAAGCCACAAUUGAUUGACCCGGGAAUGCAAAAGAUAUACAAUUUUUAUAAUUUAAAUAAUUUCUUUUAAAAAUCGGAGAAAAAUGUUUUAUGUUAAUUUUAGUAGUCUUGAAAAAGUCACAAUGUCUGGUUCCCAUAUGAAAAACUAUGUUGUAUUUAAAAAUUAUGAUUUACCUCUACCUGGUCAAAAAUGCAAUAGGUAGGUUAAACACAUAAUCAGCAAAUAAAGCAACUAACAUCCAUUAAAACCAGUAAUGUAUAGUUAGAUUGUGUCAUUCGACCUGUUAAUACACACAUACAUACAAACACACAUGUCCGAAUUCAAUCAAACAUAGAUUGUUAUUUUUCACUUCCAUUAGAGUUCCUUGUUAAAUAAAGUUGUUGAUAGUAGGUUGAUGUGUAUGUCAUGAUGUGUUUGUGAUUUCAGUUACAUUUAUUAUAUGAAAUUAAACCAAAGUCUGUCAAACAUGAAUGCGUGAGUUUAUUAGACAUGAGUUUAUUAAAUCCUUUCAGUUCAAUUUUGGGAUUUUUAUCCAUACUAUUUAAUAUGCAUUCCUAUUCAUUUACAGGGGUCAUUUUCUUUUCAAAUCAUAAGCUUUAUCAUAUAGGCAGUUUUGUAAAAAAAAAAAAAUAUGUCAAGCUUUGACCACUGUAUUUUGUGUGCUCGUUUUUUGGUUUGUUUGUUUGUUUUUGGUAAGGCUUUUAUUCAUUAUUGGAAAAAAUAUGUAAAGGGGACAUUUUUAUUUUGUUUUAAUUUGGAUGCCAUAAUCUGUUUCAGUCAGGCCUGAGGUAAUGUGAGCUGUAGCUACACUGAUUGGGUGCCGUACUCUGCUUUGACAAAUGCUCUCUUGUAAUUGUCAUUAUAAUGUGUGAUGUGACUGCAAUAUACAAGCAAUAGAAUUUUAAUAAAAGAGUUCAGUUCAA